AUGUCCACGUGUCACAGAACUAGGAAGAACCUGUAAACAUUGUCUGCUUAGCCAGAACAUCUUUGUCUUAGCCUAAAAUGCUUAUAUUUAGCUUGACAGUUGUUAGACAGUAAGUAAAUACCACCACGUUUCUGUUUUGUAUGCUGUUUAGAUGCUGUAUGUAUAAUAUAUUUCAUAAAAUGUGCGUAGGCUGCUGCAUACGUGACAACUCGAUUGAACCACUUCAAGCAAAGCUAUCCAUUGCCGACAAUAUUGGCUAGCAAGCGUGUUGCCUAUUCAAAUGUAUCAUCCAACAUUAUUAUUCUGUGCCAAAGCGGUUGCCUGUCUAAGUCCAUAGGUUUCUUAUUCUGUCACUAUUUCGAACGAGUCUCACCCUGAGUGUCCUCUACAUAGACCGCAUAUAAAGCCUCUCUCCCGUGCAGCCUCGUUGAAAGACAUGCAAGUGAUCAAAGCUAGGCUACUAAGUUAACGUUUAAGCUAUUUGUGCACCUCUAGAAUUUCUCUGAUGUGUUUCCUCAGAAAAAUGCUGCGCAUGUACCUUUCAAAAUGAUUCUCUUCUCACUUUCACAGUGGGGAGACACAAUACAACAAGGACAAGUUGCUACAAGGUAUGUUGAAAAGCCUCUGUCAUUUUGUAAACAUUCCAACCUUGACCAGUAAUGACCUUCACUCGGACAUCCUGUGUGAUUUAAAACCAAAGGCUGUAAGAACUAGCUAUAAACCUUUCCUUGUUGCUCAUGUACAGUGGGGGAAAAAAAGUAUUUAGUCAGCCACCAAUUGUGCAAGUUCCCCCACUUAAAAAGACGAGAGAGGCCUGUAAUUUUCAUCAUAGGUACACGUCAACUAUGACAGACAAAAAUGAGAAUUUUUUUUCCAGAAAAUCACAUUGUAGGAUUUUUAAUGAAUUUAUUUGCAAAUUAUGGUGGAAAAUAAGUAUUUGGUCAAUAACAAAAGUUUCUCAAUACUUUGUUAUAUACCCUUUGUUGGCAAUGACACAGGUCAAACAUUUUCUGUAAGUCUUCACAAGGUUUUCACACACUGUUGCUGGUAUUUUGGCCCAUUCCUCCAUGCAGAUCUCCUCUAGAGCAGUGAUGUUUUGGGGCUGUCGCUGGGCAACACGGACUUUCAACUCCCUCCAAAGAUUUUCUAUGGGGUUGAGAUCUGGAGACUGGCUAGGCCACUCCAGGACCUUGAAAUGCUUCUUACGAAGCCACUCCUUCGUUGCCCGGGCGGUGUGUUUGGGAUCAUUGUCAUGCUGAAAGACCCAGCCACGUUUCAUCUUCAAUGCCCUUGCUGAUGGAAGGAGGUUUUCACUCAAAAUCUCACGAUACAUGGCCCCAUUCAUUCUUUCCUUUACACGGAUCAGUCGUCCUGGUCCCUUUGCAGAAAAACAGCCCCAAAGCAUGAUGUUUCCACCCUCAUGCUUCACAGUAGGUAUGGUGUUCUUUGGAUGCAACUCAGCAUUCUUUGUCCUCCAAACACGACGAGUUGAGUUUUUACCAAAAAGUUCUAUUUUGGUUUCAUCUGACCAUAUGACAUUCUCCCAAUCCUCUUCUGGAUCAUCCAAAUGCACUCUAGCAAACUUCAGACGGGCCUGGACAUGUACUGGCUUAAACAGGGGGACACGUCUAGCACUGCAGGAUUUGAGUCCCUGGCGGCGUAGUGUGUUACUGAUGGUAGGCUUUGUUACUUUGGUCCCAGCUCUCUGCAGGUCCUUCACUAGGUCCCCCCGUGUGGUUCUGGGAAUUUUGCUCACCGUUCUUGUGAUCAUUUUGACCCCACGGGGUGAGAUCUUGCGUGGAGCCCCAGAUCGAGGGAGAUUAUCAGUGGUCUUGUAUGUCUUCCAUUUCCUAAUAAUUGCUCCCACAGUUGAUUUCUUCAAACCAAGCUGCUUACCUAUUGCAGAUUCAGUCUUCCCAGCCUGGUGCAGGUCUACAAUUUUGUUUCUGGUGUCCUUUGACAGCUCUUUGGUCUUGGCCAUAGUGGAGUUUGGAGUGUGACUGUUUGAGGUUGUGGACAGGUGUCUUUUAUACUGAUAACAAGUUCAAACAGGUGCCAUUAAUACAGGUAACGAGUGGAGGACAGAGGAGCCUCUUAAAGAAGAAGUUACAGGUCUGUGAGAGCCAGAAAUCUUGCUUGUUUGUAGGUGACCAAAUACUUAUUUUCCACCAUAAUUUGCAAAUAAAUUCAUUAAAAAUCCUACAAUGUGAUUUUCUGGAUUUUUUUCCCUCAAUGUGUCUGUCAUAGUUGAAGUGUACCUAUGAUGAAAAUUACAGGCCUCUCUCAUCUUUUUAAGUGGGAGAACUUGCACAAUUGGUGGCUGACUAAAUACUUUUUUUCCCCACUGUAUCAGCUGGUAGAGUCAAAGUGAUUGAUUGAUACUCAUCUGUUUCCAUGUUCACUUGAAGGGGAGUGAUGUUAAAAGAAAGGUCACUUACACAAACACUGACUCUAAUCCCUUAUCCAACUGGUUUACUAAGUGUGUAUACCUGCUGGUCUUGUGCUGUCAGGUCAGGGGGUGGACACUCCACUGUCAGAGCCGGGGCUCCAGCAGGCAGAGGCUGCAGGACUGUACCUCAGAGAGCUCAGGUUCUCCAACGUGUUUGUCAGUAACCUACAGCGCGCCAGACAGGUGAGUUCUCCUGAGAUGUCAAUGGUGCUCCACGUGAUGUCAAUUUAGGUCACAGUUAGCUGACCACUAAUCUCAUCCACCCAUCCGGCUCUAUGUAGCAAUUGAGCCUAGGAACAAGGUUAGAUGACCACCAGAAAGAUUAACAAUGCACAGCAGAUGUAGAAUGUAACCUCUAUUUAGUUUAGAUUCCCAGUGUGUGACUUAGAAUUGUGGGCACCGGCUGUACUGUCAUUGCCUGUAUAUUUUUGCACAAAAUGGCAGAAGAUGUUGGGAACUGAUGUAAAAGUAAAAUUAUUCCCUACAACAACACCUUUUCAGUGGGAAACACUCAGAUAAGACAUUAAAAUCACUUCAAUAAUUCCUGGGACAAAACUUCUCAAUUGUAUAUGUUACUGUGAAGGAGGGAAGAGAGCAGAGGAUAUAUUCAACCACAGAUAUAGACUACAGGAUAUGAGAAAUGUCAGUGGGUAGAACUAGAAGUACAGUAACGAAGGCAAUGUUAGUAUCUCGUAAUGGCCUAGUAGCUGAUUUGGGUGCAGAGAUUAAGACAAUGCUGUUAUUGUUCACACAUCCUUAUCCUUUGUCAGACUGCAGAAAUCAUUAUGAGAAACAAUGUUCACUCCUCGGGCGUUGAAGUGGUCUUUGACCCCUUACUCAGAGAGAGGGUAAGUCUUUCAUAUGCCUCCUAUUUCCUAUUGCAUGUGUGUAGUAUACAAUUGAUCUAACCCAGUCUACCUCAACAGGGACCUUAGAGUUUGACAUUCAAAUAUAAUGCAUAAAAAAUUAUCAUCAAAGUGGUUCAUCAAUCAUACAGGGUUUUGGGAUCGCAGAAGGACGGCCCAAGGAGGAUCUGAAGAACAUGGCUAACGCAGCCGGCCAGUCGUGUCGAGACUAUACUCCUCCUGGAGGGGAGACCUUGGAACAGGUUAGUCUGUGAUCUGAACAUUUUAUCAGCUUUCCCUUUGGUCCUGCUGUUGGCCUGCUGCUGACAGCUCAGAGCUGGAUUCCAUGGCCAACAGUGCCAUGCAGUGGUUCAACUCGGAACUUCCGGGCAGAAGCUCAACACACAGUUAAUAGAUUUCUUUCUUCUAGGGAGAUAAGUAUUAUUUUAGUCGUUGAAUAAUUUAAACGUGUGUCUGUGUCUCCCUCCAGGUAAGACUGCGAUGCAAGAAGUUUCUAAAGGCCCUUUACCAGCGCAUGGUUGACGACCACGGCUGCUCAGGACAGAGUUCUGCUGCUAUAGGGACAGAGGGCGGAGCCGGGGCCGGUGCAGUCGAUUCUGGCACAGAUGGGCCCCUGGCUGGUCUGCCUGACGAUGGGAUGGAGGGUGUCCCUGUCCAUGCCCUGGUGGUGAGCCACGGGGCCUACAUCCGCGUGGCCGUGAGACAUUUUGUGGAGGACCUGCAGUGCUCUCUGCCUCAGGGCCUGAAGAUGUCCAAGGUGUUGUCAGCCUGCCCCAACACAGGCAUCAGCCGCUUUGUCCUCACCGUGUCUCCCAGUGAGUCUGGCCUGGCGCUCUCUGCUGUCCGCUGUGUUUUCACCAACAGGAAGGACCACCUGACCUCGCGUAACAUAUGUUACAUCACACAUUAAAGAUAGACAAGGCAACACAAAAGGUUUAGUCACUACUCUGUUCUGUUUAAAUAGUAUUUACUGUAGCUUACAAACCACUAAAAGUAAAGAAUAUCUGGGACAGGGACCUGUCUACUGUUGAUGAUGAGUUGGGGGAGAUUUGAGUAGGGUCAUCGAAGAACCCUAAUCACCAAUUGAUUCAUUGUUCAUUUUGUACACAGGGUAAAUACAUUUAGCAUUUUUGCACAGUUUAUAUCAUCGCCUGUUUUAAAGCUUUUUAAGUAACCUCCACAUUGUAUGACCUAUGUAACCAUAGUGACCUAGGCUCUUUUAUGCAUAUGUAUUGGAAGUGCUCCACAGUGGAGAGAUUUUGGAGACCGGUAUCUUCUACCCUAUCUGAUGUUCUUGUUGGAGUCACUAUACCUGUCCUUAAUGAUGACUCAUCACGCACACUGUCACUCCAACAAUGAUGUAUAAUGCUGACAGGUUUAACAACAGCAGAAAAGAUGCUGGCACUGCGAUGGCAAUUACACAAAAAAAUGUACUACCUCAGUUGUUCUUUUGAUUGUUUGAUUCUGUAUUUAUUUUGCUAGAGAUCGGGGUGGGUUGUUUGAGAGGUCGGAUGGUGCAGCUUGAAUCAGUCAGAAGUUGGAUCCAUGUCCCUGUUGUAAUAUCAUGUAUUUAUUUUACAUAAUUUCUUGCUCCGUUGUCAUUGAGGUUUGUCUGUUUUCCCGGUCUAUUGAAAAAUGUAAUCAGAAAUUGAUCACAAGAAAGGAAUGACUACUGUUACCUGACCACAGACAAUUACACUGAGUAGUAGAGGACAGAACGUAUUAUGGGAAUACAGGGUAAAUGAUUUGCUCUUUAGCUCUCAAUGGACCCUUUUUUUUACUGUAGAUCAUUGCUCAGUACAAAUUCUGCAAAACUAUUUGCAGGAUGUAUGUAUGUCCUGUGUCAGUGGAUUUCCCAGUCUUCCUAUAAUUAUCCAUGGAAUGUUCUAGAAAAACUAAACUCUUCCUGUGUCAUAGUCCAAUGAAAUUAGGACUUGUUUGGAAUGUUUUAGUGUGGAUAAUGUAAUGGUUUGUUUCCACUACUAAGUCGAUCACGUUGAAGAUUUAGUUGUAUUGUUUUUGUCAUAUUAUACCAAAGGCAGAAAAGUGUGAGGAAUGUCAGUAUCUUUUAAAGCGUUUACAAUUCAACAUAUGGAGUUAUCUCUUAUUGUUGUCCAUGUCCAUUACAAGAUAAUAAAUUAUACGCUAUCAAAAGGUGGUGUCUUUUCUGGGAGAAUGGUGUGCUUUGUAUGAAUUCAACAGCAAGAGUGCAAGCAACCAGUCGCUGCUACAUAGUUACAAUUAUAUCAGACACUUGUAUCAUAACUGUUGAACCAUAGUUCACCAUAUACUCAGACAUGGCCGUACCACUGGAAUACUAUUUUUACAAGAUGGCUAAGAGCGGGGGAUACUAAUGUUUACAAACUA